AUGCGCCCAAAUGUAUCCAAAAAACCCACGACAUUGCCAUUGCUGUGGAUUGAUCCCACGAGAGAUUUAUGGACAGCAGUCCAGGGAGAAGACAGUGUGACCAAGGCUGCCAAAAGGCCAACUGAUUGCCAGACACCCAGAGAGGGGAGAACGCACGAACACGCGUGCCAGAGACAUGUAUUGUCCGACGAAAUGUCGAACCCAGCCGCAAACGAUGCCAGCGAGAUGAUGCAAAAUGCAAUGACCGUGGCCAGAAAUGGUUUCCAAUGGACCAUCAUUCUCCAAGACUUUGCAGCGAAGGAGGAAAAUCCAAGAAGCUGCGUGUGA